AUGGCUUUGCGAGCUUUGGUCGGAGGCCGGCAACGACAAAUCAAUGGAGGAUAUCACGAAAUUUCGAGGGGCGAUGGAUCAGCACAAAAUUUCGAGGGCUUUUCAGUUGAAAUCGUCGAAUUCGUCGGCAAAUUUCGCCAAGGAAUUGAUCUCCGCGAUGAUACAUUUACUUUAGAGGACCCUGGAAUCGCCGAAUGGCAUUGCCAAGGAAAAUAUGGCUACUGCACCAGGAAAGGCGGUAUUGGUGGAAGGAAACUACAGAAUUCAGUUAACCAGAUAUUAAUCCCGACGUCGAACAAGAACUCUAAAGUCCUUUCUUUCACUGAGAAAGAGACCACUGUCUCAAAAGUCACACGUGGUUCAAGCAAGACGAAGAGUGUCUCCAAAGCCUCAAAGAAAGUGCAAGUUGGUGCCUGGAAGGCUCUCUGCGAUAUUUCAAACUUGGGUAAGCCAAGCUUGAAGGAGACGUCAAAGAAGAGUCAAACCUCGAAGUUUACCAUUUUGGCGGAAAUUCCAGUUGAACCCGAAGACAUUGCGAAGGAAGGAUGUCUGCACAAUCAUGAUGAAUGUAUCAAAUGUCAGGAAAAUACUAAAAGCAUGAACGAGUUUUUGAAGAUACUUGGAUUAGAAGAAUUCUCCAAUCCGCCUGCAUCUGCAAAGGGAACUCACAUGCCAAAUGAAAUGCCCAUGAGUCCUUCACGGUACUCCGAAGAUGAAGAGAUGACUGAACUGCUGAUCAAAUAUUGGUCUCCGGCGAAGCUUAUGAUCAAAGAUUGGUCUCCACCUAGUCCAGAGCCAAUGGAUUUGCCAGAUACUUACGAGUUGAUCUCAUCACCAUGAUGGGUGAGAGCAUUGUUUUCUUUGCUUCAUGUUUGUUAUUUUGGUUGAAUCGAGUGCUACAUUUUACAUUGGGUUAGGGAUGACAAUAGGUCGAAAUUACCUUUGGUUUUUUUUACUUUGGCAUUGCUGAAAGUAUUGAUUUGCACAUACGUAACAUGUACAUAGAUG